AUGGAGACGAAAAAAUCACCUAUAGCCAAGGACAGUCGAGUCCAAGAGCUAUCAGCCCAGCACUCGUUGUCGCAUUCACGAUCUGGGCUUCGGCUGUCUAAGCAUUAUCGUGACCGAGCUGUGCCUAGUGAGGAGGAACUUCCCCUCGUGGAACGCACCAAUGCCCUGAGCGUCCACGACUUUAUUGCCCGUUACAUCGACUCAACCAGACUACAUAUAGACAUCACAACAAAACAAGAUGACACCUCCCCGACAACUACCAAGGCACAGAUCCAUAUAUACUCCGCAUCCACCAUCCCCUCGCUCGAUUUCGAGGGCUGUUUCUCCCUAAUCGAAACUACUUCAUCUGAAAAUUAUGAAAACUCGUCGAUGGGCUGGUCACCGACCAAAAAACGCAAAGAAAUGCGUCUUCCAAAUAUGCGAUAUAUGGUUCUGAGGGGUCCGCCGCAGCCAUCACCGACUCCUCAAAGGAAUCAUAAUAAUAAUAAUAAUAAUCAAACCAGCACCAGCACUAGCACCGGCACGACUGGUGAUACGAGUGAGGUUUCAUCCACAUCUGAGCCGACGGAUACUACUCCUUCCCCUGCUGGUGCUACAACAACGAGCUCCCCACACUCCGAAGUCCUAGCCUUCCUCUCCUUCAUGACAACCUACGAAGAUGGCAAGCAGGUCCUGUACUGCUACGAAAUCCACAUUCAUCCUUUCCUCCAGGGCCAGGGGAUCGGACGGCAUCUCAUGACCCUUUUCGAGGACACAGGUCGACGAAUUGGGCUAGAAAAGGGCAUGUUGACUGUCUUCAGGGCUAAUAAUGCAGCCAUGAAGUUUUAUGAGAGGAUGGGAUAUGACGUUGACGAGUUUUCUCCGGGUCCAAGAAAGCUUAGGAAUGGGACGGUGAAGGAGCCGGAUUAUUUGAUUUUGUCUAAAGUAUUUUGA